UUCAGAGACAGGGCAGAAAAUGUGAGGAUACGAGAAUCAAGAGAAAAAUCAAUAAUUCUUUGUGCUAGGCUCAAGUCCAGAUAAAUAAUGGUUUGAUGUGAUGUAAAGGACCUCCUACACAAUGGCUACUAUUGAGAAGCUGAUCAAGGCAUUUGAAGCCCUUAGGGUGUUUCAGCCUCCAGGGUCAUCUGCAGAGGAUCCAGCAAAGAAAAAAGAACAAGCUCCUGUAAGCAGAAAGGACAAAAUGAUCAACUGUAAUCUUGUGGCUGACAGCAUCUGUGCUCCUAAUAUGAGGGCCAUAGUGGAUUUUCCCAAAUUCCUUGGUAUUGCGAUGGAGACAUUCCUAACUCUGUGUGAUGAUGCAGAAUCCGAUGUACGAAUGGUAGCAGAUGAAUGUUUGAACAGAUCUAUAAAGAUCUUGCUUGAGACAAAUCUUGGAAGACUGCAAGUGGAGCUUUAUAAGGAAAUCAAGAAAAAUGGCAGCAGUCGGACAUUAAGAGCAGCGCUGUGGCGAUUUUCUGAGAUGGCUCAUCUUAUUCGUCCACAGAAAUGCAGACCAUACAUAGUUAAUUUGUUGCCAUGCAUUGCUCGGAUAUGUAAGAGAGAAGAUGAAGCAAUCCAGGACACUCUGUCUCAAUCCAUGCAGAAGAUCUGUCCACCUCUGAUUGGAUUCGCCAAUGAAUCUGAAAUCAAGGCUCUUAUAAAGUCCUUUCUUCCUAACCUGAAAUCCACCUCUGCAGCAACAAGGAGAAUGGCAGCGACCAGUCUGGUCCUGAUAUGUGAACACAGCAGAAGUCCUGCUUCAUUUUACAACCACCUCCUGGGAUCACUGCUGGACAUGGUCCUUCCAGUGGAUGAGGAGACCAGUUUACACACCUUGAUUGGGGUCUUACUGUGUCUGAGGUCACUUAUCCCACACCUCAAUGAAUCAGGACAGGAAAAGCAGGGACUGAAAGGCAGCUUUGGUGUGAUGACAAAAGAGAAAGAACAGACCAUCAGCAAGGAGCAGUUUAUCAUGGUGAUACAGCUAUUGCUUCACUUGAUGGGACACUCUGACCAUAACGUUGUGACAGGAGCUCUGGAAACUUUCCAGCAGCUCCUCAGAAACCCCUCCCCUCUUUUGGUCUCCAUACUGACCACACCCAAAAGUAUCACAAGAUCCUGCAUUUUCAAAGUGGAUCAAAGUUCACAACCAGGUGAAGGAUUGACAGAAAUAUCCUCCAUGUCUAAGUUAUGUGAAGAUAGCACUGCCGAUGAGCUGGAGGUAACAGAAUCAAUAGUAGACCCCUCAGAAGCUUCAGAAGACAAUGUAUCAGACCUCGUAGCUAGCUACAGGGCACAAAUGUCCAGUGAGCAGGGCUCUGAAUCAGCAGGCAAUGACGGAGCUCUAGAUGUAGACACCUGUGAUGCAGGCAUUGUCGUCACUACUCUAGACACUAGGUAUUCUGGGAUAGAAAUAGGGGACCUGAAUGAAGACGUGUCAGAAAAAUCAAACUUGUCUCAAGUUUCUAGUGCUAAUGGUAGCCAGCAAAGCCUGAAUAAGUUGUCCUCACCCCCAAAAGCUAAAAAAGGGGGAGGGCAGGACAUGAAUGGAAACCCAGAAUUGGAGGAGGAUGUUUUACCAGAAGUUGAUGAGAAAACUCAGAUACAGAAUUCCAAUCAGACAGAUGUGACACAGAAUCUAGGGAGUUUAUUAGAUGAUGUGCCGUUAGACUUCUGUAUUCGUGUGAUCUGUCGAAGGUUCCUUUUGAGUGGAACUAAGGAUCAGUUGAUUCCAGAUCGAACUGUGCGUGUGAGCAUUAAGGUUUUAGCUUUAGGUUGUGUCAGCUACUCCAUGACGUUUAGACCACAGAUUUUAUUUAUGAAUGUUUUUAAGGAUAUAAAUGAAGAAAACAAUCAGCUGAUUAAAGAUGUGUUGCUCUAUGCUAGUCAUAUUGACCCACAACUUAAAGGCACAGCUACACUAAUCAUUGGUAAUCUGAUAAGUUCUACCCUCACCCAGGGUGGAGGAGAUUUCAAUAAAUGGAUAGAGGAAUUCGUCUCUGGGUUCUCGAUUGGAAUCGAACACCUGGUAGAAAUUAUUCUCCACAUUAUGGAAGAUGAGUCCUCGGUAGCAGUCCGCCUGGCUCUCCUAGCUGUAAAGAAGUGUCUGAUGCCUCUGUUACUGGGGACUCACAGUCCUAUAGGACUGGAGACGGUGAUCAGGGUACUCAGCAUACAGGACAAUCCAUACUGGCUCGUCAAGGUAGAAAUACUAGAGAUUUUGAGUAAUGUGAACUUCAAUGUGUUGAAUCAUUUGGAGUCUUGUUGUAGUGAUGUACAGAGAGGGACAAACCACUUUCUUGGGAACCUGCAUCUACAGGACAGGAUCGUGUUGUUUGUGAUGGAGAUGUUAGGAAACGAUGAUAUCCGGGUCAGACACUGUGCUUCAGAGACACUAGUCAGAAUUGUGCCAAAGUUAUUUUAUUCUUGUGAUCAUCCACAACAUGACCCGAUUAUAACGGAGUCUCGACUUCACACUGAGAAGCUCCUCUCCCCGAUGGUGUCUGAUUCUGUUCUGAACUCACCUCCCCUGGUUCUGGGCUUGGUGAAGCCCUACACAGAUAGUAAUGGAGCCGUCUCCCCCUCUGUAGAAAGUAACUUGUCCCGAGUCGUGAAAUCAGCACUACAUCAGCUGAAUGUGUCACAGUCCAAACACUUAACAUUUGGGUGUUGCCAUGCUUUAUUCCUCCUGUCGGAGGCUUUCCCUGCCACACUGUACGCUCAUUCCUGGGGGUGUGGACCUUGUACAUCGUUCCUCCCCAAGGAGGCCAGCAAUAAGGGAAUAAUGAAGAGGCCCCCCAGUCGAUCUCACAGUAACUCAAGAACUGUGAUGGGUUAUGUCUGGUCUGGUACCUUCAGCCUUGAUGAGAUGUCGGCAGGGUCAGGGGGAGGGGCUCUCACCAUUAUCCUCCCUCUACUGACCUCCUCCAAUGUCAGUCUGGAUCUAGCUGCUCACAGUGACACUCUACAGUUUGCUGGCAAUCUGGUCGCAGGUGCCGUGUACAGAUGUAUGCAGCCUGUGGAGGAGUCUAACUCUGCAAAUGAUGGUGAGGGGGUUAAAUGGGGGGCCGUCUCAGACAGACUUCUGAUUCCCUUCCUAGACCAACUCCUCUUCCAUAUUGCCAGGGUCCUGAAUUGCUGUGUCCAUGUGAUCGAUGAACAAGUUCCUGGUCCAGCUCCCGUUAAACCCUCCCUGCCCUCUCUCCCCAAUGCCCCCUCCCUCAGUCCUAUCAAAAGGAAGAACAAGGGGGAGAGUCCUAAUGAUUCCCCAGCCAAAGGCAGCAAUACAGACACAAAAACACCCACAAAACAACAAAAAGAAAAGGAGAAAGAACAGGAGAAAGAAAAAGAGAAGACCAAAAAGGACUCAUUAGGAGUAUUCCACAGUAUGCCACAUUACAUGAAGCUGUAUGAUGUGUUAAAGGGAGCAUACUCAAAUUAUAAGGUGUCCCUGGAUCUGAUGGUGACCGACAAGUUCUGUAGUCUCCUCCACACCUCACUGGUCACUCUGUCUCAGAUAUUGGAGAUAGCCAGACUGGAGGACAUUGGGAAGUACGCUGAUGAGAUUCUACAGUACCUCAAGUCUACAGUUAUACUGGAGCCCACAGAGUCAAUAAGAUGUGUACAACAGCUUCUUAAAGCCUUAUUUGGUACAAAUCUUGUCUGUCAAUGGGAGCCUCAACAUCUGGUGAACCUGUCUGGUAAGCCCGGUAAAGCUGCCCGACUGACGGGAAAUAACAAGCCUGGGCAGUACUACUUCUGUUUUACCCAGCCCUAUACUCAGUUUACCCAGUCACUGGCCGGGGCCACGUUUAAAGCUUCCUCCCACACUGACCAAGAGGAGGGCACAGGGUCAUUGAACACAUUAAGGAAAUGUGUAGACAGAAAAUUUCCAGCAAUCCUGAAACCCAAUAGCAAAACUGAUAAGUCCACCGUAGCCUCGUAUAUCCGACUGUUUGAGCCCCUGGUCAUCAAAGCUCUGAAGCAGUACACUGUGUCCAGUAGCCUUGACCUUCAGCAGCAAGUCCUUGACCUUCUGAGUCAGCUGAUUCAGCUCAGAGUGAAUUACUGUCUCCUGGACUCUGAUCAAGUCUUCAUAGGAUUUAUCAUCAAGCAGUUAGAGUUCAUAGAGGAGGGACAAAUUAGAAAUUCAGAGAACUUAAUUCCCAACAUCUUCAGUUUCCUUGUUAUGCUAUCAUAUGAGAAAACUCACAGUAAAACAAUCAUUGGAAUGCCCAAGAUCAUCCAGCUUUGUGAUGGUAUCAUGGCUAGCGGACUACAACCAGUGUCUCAUGCCAUCCCUGCCCUGAGACCCGUGGUGUUUGACUUGUUUCUGUUGAGAAAAAGGACAACAAACCAAUAUCAACAAUUUAAAAGUGCAUCACAACAUACCCUGGAUUUAUUAGUGGUGGUUCUACAGCAAAGUAAGAAGGAGAGUGAAGAGCGCUGGAAGAGAUUAUCUCGUCUGAUAACAGACAGUUUAUUACCAGCCUUAACAUCCAAUCAGGUAAAUUUAGACAACAGUGAAUCAUUGGACGUGCUUCAUCGUCUAUUUGAGUGUCUAGCUCCCAUUGUAUUCAGACCAGUGGAUAUCUUGCUGAAGACACUGUUACAAGCUCCUUCAAACAUAGGAAGCACUGAGAACUUACAGCGUUGGAUGUGUCUGGUGCUAUCUGUGGUCCGAGUUCUCAUGGCUCAAUCCAAGGAGGAGGUCAUACUGUCACGCCUCACUGAGCUCAGAAUCAAACUCACCCUCUUCAAAGUUCACAGCUCCAAACUGACAGAAGAACAAAAACAAAUGGUCCAGGAUAUGCUACCUGAACAGAUUCUAGCAAGAUUUUUGGUUCAGGUGAUUGGGAAAUGUCUAGAGGUCAUCAUGGGUCAUCAGUUGUCGUAUCAUGGGUCACAUGACCAAACAGAGUUCCUGUCACAACAGUUGUCCCAGUUCCUACUGUACAUCACACACAUGUUCCAGUCAGGUAUGUUUAGGAGGGUGGCCACCUGUGCUCUACAGAUUGCCUCUGAGGAAGCUGUGGAUUGUUUCUACAGCAUAAGAGAAGUCAACCGUAACUUCCUGUCAGUUUCCAUGACACUGCCGACCUUGACCUUACAGUGGUGUAACAUUCUGAUCCUUCUGAAUUACGAUGACCAGAAUUUAUGGAGUGAGGUCAUGCAGACCCCAAAUAGGCAUCUCAAACCAGGAACAAGUCAGUCUACGAGUCAUGAGGCCCACCCUGUGGCUGAGACCCACUGCUGUAACCAGGAGAUCCUCAGACGAGGGGGUAUCAUUCUCUUCUGUGACUUCGUGUGUGAGAACAUGUUGGAUGCAGAACACAUGACCUGGCUGGUGAUUAACCACGUGAGUGACCUUAUACAGCUAUCACGGGAGUCUCCGGUCCAGGACUUCAUCAGUGCUAUACACAGAAACUCAGCAGCCAGCUGUUUGUUUAUUCAAGCCAUUCAUUCCAGAGGUCAGGAUGUGUCCAAGCCAUCCCAGAUAAAGAAGACAAUGAAGUGUGUGGAGGCCAUACAUCUGAGCCAGACAGGUGCCCUUUUGACCCUGUUGAUUGACAAGUUCCUGAACACCCACCAUCUCUCUGUAGCCCGCCUCUGUGACACCAUCGCCUGUCACAGGGUGGAAAUGUUACUGGCCGAUAACUUCGAGGAUGCUAAGAAGCAGUUACCAUUAGUUGAUUUGGAUAAACUCCUGAAGUUUAUGGAGACCCACUCAUUGCUUAAGAGACAUGCUCGGUUGGUUUCCUUGCUGCAGAGACUGAGGGGGACCCUGGACCCAGAGACUUCAUUAUCUCUGUAUACUGACACCCGUCAUCCUGUCCUCAGCACAACAGAGUAUCUCCACAACCAGAUGGACAAGGACUUGUACCUGUCCAUAGUUAAGUAUCAGUGUUCCAAUCCUGACUCUAGUCCCAGAGAAUGUGGCCUUCUGCUUCACAAACUGGAAUAUGCUGAUAUGUUGGCUAUAACCAUGACAAAGGAGUUCAGUCUGGACAUUCUAUCAGAGUGCCUGACCUUGGGAGCUCAGUACACCUUGAUAAAGAGCACCGACUCUGUGACGGUCCUAGACAAUGAAGGGAACCAGGUCCUCCAGGAGCCGGUCACAGACAAUCUGUUCCAGGCGGCCCAGCUGACCCUGACCCGACACAUCAACUACGUCAUCAACCUCCUCCCCGCCCCCCACCAGAUACUCACCUUCUCCUCGGUGUUCGUGAAGGAGAGUCGAUACCAGGAGAAGAUGAACGAUAUAUUCUCUGACACCCCCUGGAGGGACAUGAUAUUCUCACUGACCAAAACUCUGAACUGUUAUCUGCAAGCUAUGGACAGGUUACCAUGGAAACCGGAUAUUCCCACGGAAUCUCACUGUGAUAUUUGUAAAUUUAGUGUGUUGUGUAUGGAGCUUUUGUGUUGGAUGUUUCAUAAUGACAUUCUCCCCACCUCAGAGCAGUUGAACGUUUGUCUGAAGUGUACCGCAGUCAUUCUGCAGAAUCAACAGCUCUCCGCUGUGAUUGGCCAAAAAGAUCAUGUGUCAUGGAUAGCAUCUAUAGCUUCAUCUAUCUACCAAGUCUUUCUCUCCUGUAAGGAUAUUACACGACAAUACAUUCUGUUAUUAAAACCAUUAUCUAUUAAUUGUAAAUAUGAAAAUUACAAGGAGAAUAAAUUUAUUGUCUUAGUUUGGUUGCCCAUGUCACAACCAGUCAGGAGUGUGAGGAACCCAGUUGUCAAAAAGGUCAUGUUGGAAGUUCAAGAAUUGUCUGUGAUUGUCAAAGCCUGUGAUCAGAUUUCAGAACUUGUGCAAUAUUUGUUGUUCAACAAAACAUCUCAUUCCAUACCUUAUUUCUUGGACUGCCAUCUUACCACCAUUAUUAUUUCAUUAGCUCGCCUGCCGGCUCUCAAUAGCUAUGCCAGGACACCAUCAUUAGUGUGGAAGUUAGGAUGGACCCCCACACCCUCAGGGGAACUGAGAACACACUUACCUCCCUUACCAGUGGAUUAUCUCAAAGAUAAAGAUGUGUUAAAGGAAUUUGUCAGCAGAAUCAACACUCUAGGUUGGAUCAGUCGUCAACAGUUUGAGGAGACCUGGAUGAGUUUACUGGCGGUACUGAACCCAGUGAUAGAGGACGUCACAGAACACAUCUCACAGGAGGAAGAAAUAGAGAGGUCACAGUGUAUGGUGAUAGCUGUCAAGGCCAUCACUGCUAUGUUAUUACAGUCGACCUUGACCCCUGUACCUGGUAACCCCAGCAACAGUGUUUAUGAGGUCAGACCGAGGGACAAACCCCUAGGAUUUUUACACACCAGAUGUGGUAAAAAGCUGACCAUCAUCAGAGGCAUCAUUGAGAGAGAGGUUCAGGACCUGUACAGAAAAAGUGAGGAUAACUGCAGCAGUAAUUUAUGUGAGGGGGAGGAUCGGGAAAUCCUGAGGUACAUGUUUGACAAUAACCUAGAGAGGGAGAGCGGGGAUGUAGGAUAUACACUCGGACAGGUCUCUAUAGAGUCCAUCUGGUCUGUUGUUGGAGCUCUUCAUGUACAGACAGCUGAUUCUGAUACUCCAGAGUCUCUAAACAGUCCAGAGCAGGAGAAUCCAGAAAAUGCCCCACCCCCUCCAAUACAACAGCAGUUCCCAUUGGUCAAUCUAGAGAAGAGGGAGAGAUCAAUCUCUCUGAGUGGCCUUGACAUUCAUUCCUGUCUACAGUUUUUGUUAGAGUUGUACGGACAGUGGCUUUCUCCCAACAGUAUACUGAAACCUCCACUAAUGCUGAAAAAUGAAGUGGUUAAGUCGCUUGUCUCCCUUUCUGACCUGUUUGUGGAGAGAGAACAGUAUGAGUGGAUGCUGGACUUCCUGUUUGACAUUUACAAGGCCCACCCUACAGAGGAUGAGAUCGUCAUGCAGUAUAUCAAUGUAGGACUCGGUAAAGCCGCAGCUGUCAUAGGCCUGGAUAGUUCUGGUAUAGAAAAGCUGAUGAAGUUGUUAGACGCAGGCCUGCGGAGCCCUCAUCUUCCCAGUAGAACAGCAGCCAUGCACGGAAUCCUGUAUCUUCUGGAGGCAGGCAUGCAGGAAAUCACCAAACCUCUGGUGCCCAUGGCAACAGACUUCCUUCUCAGGAAUUUAGGCAGCAUAAGCCAAACAUGUAUAACAAGUCAGCAAUACAUUCUAACAAUGUGGGCCACAGCUUUCUAUAUAAUGGAAAACUAUCAUGUGGAUCUUAAAGACUUGGAAUUUCCUAGCAAAGUUCUACAGUUGGCUGUGUCCACAGCCUCGGGUAAUGAGGAGAGUGUGUCCACCCCUGUGUAUCUCGCCAUCCUAAAGGGACUGGAAAGGUUACUCCUCACUGACGUCCUCUCCCAGCAGGACGCCGAGGCCAUCGUCAAACUGGGGGUCGACAGGUUGUGUUUACCCAGCCCUCAGAGGUCCCUUGCAGCAUUAGGACUGAUGUUUACAUGCAUGUACUCAGGUAAGCAGUAUGACCAGUAUAGCCCACUCCCUAGGGAUGCUCCAGCCUAUGAUUUCAACAUUGUGUAUCAGGACCCAGAGUCUCUCAUCCUGGCCAUGGAGAGAGUCACUGUACUGUUUGAUAGGAUAAAGAAGGGCUACCCAUACGAGGCCCGAGUCAUCACCCGUGUACUUCCAACAUUCCUGGCUGAUUUCUUUCCUCCCCAGGACAUCAUGAAUAAGAUAAUCGGGGAGUUUAUUUCCAGUCAGCAGCCCUACCCCCAGCUGAUAGCCAUGGUUGUGUUUCAGGUAUUCAAUAACCUCCACAUUCAAAACCAGGAAGCUCUAGUUCAGAAUUGGGUCAUGUUGUCUCUCUCCAACUUCACCCAGCGAACUCCUGUAUCCAUGGCAACCUGGAGUCUGACGUGUUUCUUCAUCAGUGCCUCCACCAAUUCCUGGCUAAGGCCUCUAAUUAUUCACGUUAUCAACAGGAUGGGUAGAAUGGAAACGUUGGAUCAGAACCUAUUCUGUAUGGCAGCCCUGGACUUUUACUGUAUACUGAAGGACAAACAACAACAGUGGGCCUUCAUUUCUACAUUCCAGAAUGUACUAUCCUUAGGUCCCCCCUACACAGACUUGUUAGAGAGACUAGAAAAGGCCUACCCAGAGCAUUUCCCUCAGAAGAAAACGAAGCCCCAUCCUUUGUCGUGAAUUCAGGGAAAAGAUCUCAAGGUCAUUCAGAAGAGUUUUAGAGGAUGUUGACUGAUCACGCAUUGUGAAUGCAUUAAUCAUGAAUAUGGAUCAUAUUUGAUUAAGUCCACUAAUAUGUACCUCGAAAGAAAAAUAUUGUCUAUAUUCAGAUUUUAUGUCUGAAACACCCCGAAGUAACUAGUAAAUCUAAGAAUUUUUCAAUUCAUGAUGCACCCUGCAGUAUGUACAUACACUGUACAUGUUAUUUAAGUGCUGCAGUUUUCUUUAAUGUGCUAGUUGUAAAUAUCUAUAUUGCAAUUUCACCUGCUUUAUAGAUAUACAUUGUGUAAGUGAUGUCUUGAUUUAUCAUUCAGUUGCUUUGAUUUUUUAAUAGCUUAAGCGUGUUAAAAUUUAUCAUCACAAAACUCUGUUGUAGUUGGAAUGAACAUAUCAGUUGUUUAUUUUUUAUUUUUUUGUCUUUUGGUAAGUCAUAGUAGCCCUGGUUUAUAGAAUAUGGUACUUACACCAAUUAUUUUAUGAGUCAAUGGUCAUCUUCCUAAUCUACAGUUUACAUAUUAUGGUGACUAACAGCACAUGAAUUAUUACGGUAAAAUAUACUUAGUAACUGUAAUGCUCACCUCUAAAUAACUUAAGACAAUGUCACAUGAUCUUUGGUUCCUAGGUUCAGUCCAUACCAAUAAAACAUCAUACAUUCAAUCUGAUGAAAUCCUGUCAUUUACAGAACUGUUUGCUUUCUGUGAUGAACACAAGCAUAAUAAGUAUUGCGUAGUCUCCUAGAUUCCAAAAAGAGAAUAGAAAGUAGAAUACCUACAUGUUCCAUGACAAGUACAUGUAGUGCAUGCAGUAGGUAAUCAUCAAGACUCUGCAACUGAUCAGAAUUUUAUCCACAUAAAUUGCCAAAACUGUGUUUGUGUUCUCUCAUAGAG